GUUUUCUUUGAGUUUCUAAACAUUUUGGUGGCUGGGAAUUUACAAACCACCUUAUAAUUAGCGAAAACGGCAAACCCGCAUCCCACAUGCAAAUGAAAGAGAAGCUCGAACCACUCCUGACCUGAAGCAAGAAAAGUACAGUCAAGAUAAAGACCAAGUACUAGGUUCCGGAUAAAUGGUACUCCACUGUAUCCAGAUCCACAGGAAAACCCACAAACCUUAUGAAGAUGGAGAGAGAAAGAAGAGAGAGAAGAACCACCACCUUCUCCUCCUCAUCAGCUGCCAGCAACAUGAACAACCCCAGCAACAAGGACAUUAACAGAAAGGGCAAAGCCACAGCCCAGUACAACGCUGAUGCAGGGCUGUUGGCUGAGUUUGAGCGAUCAGCUGAUUCUGGUAAGUCCUUCAACUACUCAAGAUCAGUGGUGAAUGCACCCGAGACUGUGCCUGAUGAACACAUCAAUGCUUACCUCUCUAGAAUCCAGAGGGGUGGACUCAUCCAACCCUAUGGCUGUAUGCUUGCUAUUGAAGAACCCAGUUUUAAGAUCAUAGGGUACAGUGAGAACUGCUUUAGUUUGCUGGGUUUGAAUUUGAACAAUGUGUUUGAAUCAAAUCAAGAAAUAGGUUUGAUUGGGGUUGAUGCUAGAACCCUUUUUAGCCCUUCUUCAGGGGUUUCUUUGGUGAAAGCUGUAGGGUCUAGGGAAAUUUCACUACUAAACCCUAUCUGGGUCCAUUCUAGAAGUACCCAGAAGCCAUUCUAUGCUAUACUUCACCGGAUUGACGUGGGGAUUGUGAUUGAUUUGGAGCCCGCCCGGUCGGGUGAUCCGGCAGUGUCGCUUGCUGGUGCGGUGCAAUCGCAGAAACUCGCGGUAAGAGCGAUAAAUAGGCUGCAAUCUCUCCCUGGGGGAGAUAUUGGUGUUUUGUGUGAUACAUUGGUGGAAGAUGUGCAGAAACUCACUGGAUAUGAUAGAGUUAUGGUGUAUAAGUUUCAUGAUGAUGAUCAUGGUGAGGUUAUUUCAGAGGUUAGGAGGUCUGAUCUAGAGCCUUAUUUAGGGUUGCAUUAUCCGGCGACAGAUAUCCCACAAGCUGCUCGGUUUUUGUUUAAGCAGAACCGAGUUCGGAUGAUAUGUGAUUGCCAUUCGAGUCCAGUUAGGGUCAUUCAUACUGAUGAAUUAAAGCAACCUCUUUGCUUGGUCAAUUCCACCCUUAGAGCCCCACACGGCUGUCACAUGCAGUACAUGGCCAACAUGGGGUCUGUUGCCUCGUUGGUGUUGGCAGUCGUUAUAAACGACAACGACUCAAUGAAGCUAUGGGGUUUGGUGGUAUGCCACCAUACGUCCCCUCGUUACGUUCCUUUUCCUCUUCGUUACGCUUGCGAAUUCCUAAUGCAAGCAUUUGGGCUGCAGCUUUACAUGGACCUUCAAUUGGCAUCACAAUCAGUGGAAAAGAAGGUCCUCCGCAUGCAAACCUUAUUGUGUGACAUGCUCCUCAGGGAUGCCCCAUUUGGCAUCGUGACACAAUCUCCAAGUAUUAUGGACCUUGUGAAGUGUGAUGGGGCUGCAUUGUUCUAUGGUGGAAAAUGUUGGUUACUUGGUGUGACUCCAACCAAAUCACAGGUCAAAGAUAUUGCAGAGUGGUUGCUAACAAACCAUGGGGACUCCACAGGGUUGAGUACUGAUAGUCUGGCGGAUGCUGGUUACCCUGGCGCAUCUUUACUUGGCGAUGCGGUUUGUGGAAUGGCGACUACAAGAAUUACUUCGAAGGAUUUUUUAUUCUGGUUUAGGUCCCACACGGCUAAGGAAGUGAAAUGGGGUGGAGCUAUGCAUCAUCCGGAGGAUAAAGACGACGGUGGAAGGAUGCAUCCUAGAUCUUCAUUCAACGCUUUUCUUGAAGUGGUUAAGAGUAGAAGUUUGCCUUGGGAGAUUUCGGAUAUCAAUGCCAUUCACUCUUUGCAGCUUAUAAUGAGAGAUUCAUACCAAAUGAUUGAAGACAGUGGUCCCAAGGGACUGAUUUAUAGCCAAAUCCAUGAUUCCGAGGUGCAGGGGUUGGAUGAACUUAGUUCAGUGGCUUGUGAAAUGGUCAGAUUGAUUGAAACAGCUUCUGCUCCAAUUUUUGGUGUUGACUCUGCUGGUUUUAUCAAUGGAUGGAACGCAAAAAUUGCGGAAUUGACAGGAUUACAAGCUAGUAAAGCUAUGGGGAGAUCGUUGCUUGAUGACAUUGUUCAGGAGGACUCACGUGGAGUCAUUGAAAAUCUUAUGCGCAGAGCUUUCAAUGGUGAGGAGGACAAAAAUGUUGAAUUAAAGCUUCGAAAGUUUGGGAUACAUCAGCAGAAUUCAGUUUCAUACAUUGUGGUUAAUGCCUGUACUAGUCGGGAUUACACACACAAAAUUGUUGGGGUGUGCUUUGUGGGUCAAGAUAUCACGUCUGAGAAGGUUGUCAUGGACAAAUUCAUCCGCUUGCAAGGGGAUUAUAAAGCAAUCAUACAAAGCCUUAACCCGUUGAUUCCACCGAUAUUUGCGUCAGAUGAAAAUGCCUGCUGUUCUGAAUGGAAUGCAGCCAUGGAAAAGCUAACUGGUUGGGGGAGACAUGAGAUUAUUGGAAAAAUGCUUCCGGGAGAGAUUUUCGGGGAUUUUUGUCAGCUGAAAAGUCAAGAUACGCUCACUAAAUUUAUGAUUCUUCUAUACCGAGUGAUUAGUGGUCAUGAUUCUGAGAAGUUCCCCUUGGGGUUUUUUGAUAGGAAGGGUAAUUAUGUGGAGGUGCUCUUAGUGGCAAAUAAGAGAACUAACGAGGCCGGGAAUACAAUUGGGUGUUUCUGCUUCUUGCAAACUGUGGUGUCUGGUAUGCAGUUACUUGGAAACAAACAAGAGAAUGGAGAGUCCCUUCCCAAACUCAAAGAGUUGGCUUAUAUUCGGCAAGAGAUGAAAAACCCACUGAACGGAAUUCGGUUCAUUCACAAACUUCUGGAGAGUACCGCCACUUCAGAGGAUCAGAAGCAAUUUCUUCAGACUAGUGAGGCAUGCGAAAGACAAAUUAUGUCAAUCAUUGGGGAUAUGGAAUUAGGAAGUAUAGAAGAGGGUAGCAUGGAGCUAAACAUGGAGGAGUUUCUGUUUGGAAAUGUUAUAGAUGCAGUUUUUAGCCAAGUUAUGAUUCUUUUGAAGGAGAAGACUUUACAACUAGUUCAUGAGAUUCCCGACGAAAUUAAAUCUCUAUGUCUAGUUGGCGACCAAGUUAGACUUCAGCAGGUCUUGUCAGAUUUCUUGCUUAAUAUAGCACAUUAUGCACCGUCCCCAAAUGGUUGGGUAGAAAUCAAGGUCUCGCCUGGUUUCAAGCUGAUCCCAGAUGGGAAUGAAUUAGUUCAUUUACAGUUGAGAAUGACUCACCCUGGCGAGGGCAUCCCUUCCGAUCUUAUUCAAGAUAUGUUUGAGGGAGGAAAUCAAUGCGUUACACAAGAGGGACUCGGUCUAAACCUCUCUCACAAACUUCUUAACAUGAUGCAUGGUCAUGUCCAUUAUGUCAGAGAGCUGGAUAAGUGUUACUUCCUCAUUGAUCUUGAACUUAGAAAUAGAACUUCACGACCAAGGGGAAGAUCAAAGGCGGACACAAGCAGAACGACCUGAAUUCUCUCCACAACAGCUGAAUCCACGUAUGUACGUAUCAGUGUAUGUGUGUUUGGAGUUAAAUGUUUUGAGUAAAUUGUUCGGCAUAGAAGCAUCUUGACGGCUUUGUAAGGUCUCUUGGGGCAUAACUUUAAGCAUGAGUAUGUAAAUAUGUGCUGUGUUUGAGAGGUUGAGCUACAGAUAUUAAAUCCUAUACGUUGGGGUUCACUGGCCAAGUUGCACAGUGUAUAUGUCUAUCGAUCUUUGCUUUUCGACAAAGAUUGACCCCCCAAUCUUUAACUAUGAAAGUGUGCAAGAGCGAUGAACUGAGCUAAUCCCAGUUUGUUGAAUUUGCAAGGGAUUUGAACCAGUACUAAUGACCAUGUUCGGUAGCAUCUUU